GUAAAAGCGUCUCUUGAUCUUACUAGAAGGAGAGAAAUAGAGAUGUGGCUUCAUAAGAAGAAGCUUACCUCUUUUAUUAGCUUGCUUGAUUUUGGAGACAACACAAAAAAGAAGAAGAGGAAGAAGAAGAACAGCAUCAAUAAACAGAAAACAAUUUCAUUGGAAGUAGUUAUUCUGGAUGACCGUGAAUCGGAAUUGAUUUUACACACUACUGCGGAUCCAUUUCAAUCUCUCAAGACAUGUCUAGAAUUGAUAUCACAAAAUAUGCGCACAGUCCGGUGCAUAAGGCUGUGGUCACAAGAGAUUAUACCGGGUUGAAACGGAUACUUAAUAGUCUACCUCGUUUCCUCAAUCCAGCUGAGAUUCGUACAGAGGCAGAUUCCAUUGCUGAGGAAGCCAAGGCAGAUGCAAUAUCCGGGGUGAUUGACCGUCGGGAUGUCCCUGGUCGGGAAACACCUCUCCACUUGGCUGUCAAAUUGAGGGAUACAACUUCGACUGAGAUGUUAAUGGCUGCAGGGGCAGACUGGAGCUUGCAGAAUGAAAGUGGUUGGAGUUCUCUCCAGGAAGCGAUUUGUAGUAGAGAAGAAUCUAUUGCUAUGAUAAUUGUUCGCCAUUACCAACCAUUAGCAUGGGCUAAAUGGCGCCGUCGCUUGCCUCGAUUAGUAGGAGCUAUGAAGAGAAUGAGAGAUUUCUACAUGGAGAUUACUUUUCAUUUCGAUAGCUCUGUCAUUCCAUUUAUAUCGCGAAUUGCACCUUCAGACACGUACAAGAUUUGGAAAAGGGGGUCAAAUUUAAGGGCGGACAUGACUUUAGCUGGUUUUGAUGGUUUCAGGAUCCAAAGAUCAGACCAAAGUGUGCUCUUUCUUGGGGCUGGCUCCAGUGAUGGAAAGAUCCCGCCCGGAUCUCUCUUCAUGAUUUCACAUAAGCACAAGGAGGUGACGGAUGCAUUGGAUGGGGCUGGUGCUCAAGCUACAGAAACAGAAAUUCAAGAAGAAAUAGCCGCGAUGACUAAAACCAGUAUCUUUAGGCCUGGGAUUGAUGUGACUGAGGCAAUGCUCUUCCCACAAUUAACAUGGAGAAGGCAGGAGAAAACGGAGAUGGUUGGACCCUGGAAAGCCAAGGUUUACGAUAUGCACAACGUGGUUGUGAGCGUCAAAUCUAGGCGUGUCCCUGGAGUUAUGACAGAUGAAGAGUUGUCAUUUACGUCUUCUACCGAGAAUGAUUCAUCAGAAAGUGAGGACUACAGUGACAUGUUAACACCAGAGGAGAAACGACAAUUGGAAUGUGCCUUGGGUACAGAUUCUUCGAAAUCGACUGCUGACAGUGGUCCAGAUAGGGUCACUGCACACCGUCACAGUUGCUUUGAGCAGAGAGAUAUUCCUAUAGAAGGCAUAACUGGCUGCAUUAGUGGUGAGGAUAAAAAAGGCCGGUUUGCUCCAAGAAGAAAUUCUUUAUGUGCAGAAGAGAAGGCUAGACACUCUUUAGAGGUUACAACGAGGUCGGAUGAACUUCGGAGAACAAGGAGUACGAGAGUGUCUUCUACCAUGAUGUAUGAAAGCGCGCAGAAAAGAAAAGAAACCAAGCGUGAUACCGAGUACAAGAAAGGGGUGAGACCCACUAUUUGGCUUUCUUCUAACUUCCCACUCCAUACUGAAGAACUCUUACCGUUGCUUGACAUUCUGUCUAACAAAGUGAAGGCCAUCCGUCGUCUAAGAGAGUUGCUAACCACUAAGCUUAUACCUGGAACCUUUCCGGUUAAGGUUGCUAUUCCAGUGGUUCCUACUAUUAGAGUGUUGGUUACUUUUACCAAAUUCGAAGAGCUAGAACCAUCAGAAGAUGAUGAGUUUUCCACACCUCCAUCAAGUCCUCGAGUUAGAGGAGGUCGAGAAAAAACUGGAGUGGUUGGUUCAUCAUGGGUUCAGUGGAUAAAAGCUCCUUACAAUCGUCAAAUCCCAUCGGUUGCUGGUCCUAGAAUCCGUGUAAAGGAGAUCCACGGGAACCCGUUUGCAAUACCAUCAGAUUAUACUUGGAUAACAUCAGAAGAAAAGAAGAAGAAGACCAAAGAGAAAAGCAAAUCCAACAGCAACAGAAUUAGCCAGAUGAAUGAAGAAGAUCUUUAAGAAGAAUGUGAUGCAUAACAAUGCAAGGGAUGCUAACCUGGUUUGAUAUACACAUUGUUAAAGCUAAUUGUAACUUUUAUUUCAUUAACUUCUAUUCUAUGAAGAUUUCAAAAGAUGUAACUCAUGAUGGAAAGGGAAUAUAGGUAAACUUGCUGUAACUCAUCACUUGAACAUUGUUUGUCAUGAAUCUGUCUGACAAUACAAAAUCUAUACCUCUUUCUUUGCGUUUACCA